AUGGACACUGCCAAGCUUCAUGCCCAGGAGCGCCUCACCGAAUAUAAGGAGUCGGUCGCCGAUGCGGUCGACAAGCUGGUUGACGAGCUCAAGCAGCGCACCGACGACGUCAUCGUUGCCGUCGCCCACUCGCUCGCCCACCCCGACCGCCUGCUCGACUCCUUUGGCAACAACGUCGAUCGGGUCUUCUCGGCUCGCACCGUCGACACCAUCAAGGACGCCAUCGAGACCGACGCGGCCUUCGCCCUCGCCUUCAAGGACCAGCUUGUGGGCGGCGUGAAGGAGACCAUCGGCCACCUCAUCCGCGACGGCCAGCUCGCCCGCGAGGGCCAGCGCCAGGUGACCAAGGGCCGGUCCGAGGUGGCGCUCCAGCAGUCGCUGGCCGACGAGAAGAAGUACCAGAAGCUGCGCGCGCAGAUCGUCACCACACUUCUGCGCCGCGAGUCGCUGCUCAACCAGAUCGCGUUCGCCGGCGGCUUUGACAAAAUGCGGGCCACCAUGCGCCACGUCCAAGUCCGCGACGAAGUGGACUUUGCGGACCUCUUCCCGCGCGACAGGCCCUUCGCGCUGAAGCACUUCGACGUGCAGCCGCUGCUCAGGGACAUCCGCGAAGGGAACACGCCGCGGCCGAUGGUACUCGUCGUGCCGCGCCUGCGCGACCCGCUCCGCUCGAGCCCGUCGCUGUUCUCCAGCAAGAAGGAGCUGGCCUCGCUCAAGCGCGUCACGCACGACUCGAGGCGCGUCGACCUGCUGGCGGCCAUCCGACGGAGCGACGUGCAGAAGCUGCGCGCGGUGCCGUUCGCCAAGAUCAGCGAUCGGUCGCAGGUGCGCCUGGACCUGCUCCACAGCCUGCGCAAGGCCGACGAGAGCCGCCCGAGCGUUCUGCGCGAUAUCGUGGGCUCGCACGGCCGCCAGCAGAAGCAGCAGCUGAUCCACGUGGCCGAGAUCGACGACAAGGCCUCGCCGGCGGCCUUCUUCGAGAAGAACGGGUUCGCGGGCGUGCACAAGCAGAUGGAGCAGCUCAAGUCGAUGGAGGACAUGAACGAGGGAUCCGGCCUCGAAACGCGCCAGAACACCGCCAUCACCCACCUCUAA